AUUCUCACAUCCUGCUUCCAACCGAGCAACACCUCAAUCAUCUGCAAUCUCCCAUCAUCGUCACGACCGAGUAACAACUCAAUCAUCUGCAUCCAUCCUCACAUCCUCUGCUUCAUCGACAGCCGAUCUUGCCUCGAAACCAUUAUGAAGAUCCCCGUGGCCAUUGUCGCCGUGCUCGCGACUCUCCUCCAGCAAGCCCAUUCCGUGUCCUGGUGCUGCACGGACACCAAUGAGGGCGUGUAUGAUCCGUUCGGGGAUUGCAAGCACGGCAAACACAAGUACUGCACUCUCGUCCGAAAUGCCGGAACCGAAGUCACUGGAUACAUUUGUCCUUUCAAGGAGUUUUCGUUCGAGAAAGAGUGGCAUGGUGAAUGGCUUUGGUCGCAGGGAACAUGCGGGCCCGGAAACCAGGGACGGUUCGCUUGUGUUUAGCAGCAGUGAGCUUUUUGUUGGCCUGGUUGAUCUUGGAUCGUCUUUUUCGACGGUGGAGAGUGGAGAGUGGGGAUGUGAUGUGUUCGUCAAGCACGCAUCUGACGAUGGAG